CUUCUGCUGCGUGACCGUCGAAGCAGAGUGCGAGCAGGACACCAAGAGUUGCCAGCUCAGAGAGAGAGAGAGAGAGAGAGAGAGAGAGAUCAGCCAUGGCUCAGCUGGCGCCUCUGCCCAAGGUGGUGUUUGGUUCGGCGGCGUUCGGGGUGUUCUGGAUGCUGGCCGUGUUCCCAUCGGUGCCGUUCCUGCCGAUCGGGCGCACGGCGGGAGCGCUGCUGGGCGCGGUGCUCAUGAUCGUCUUCCACGUGAUCAGCCCCGACGACGCGUACGCCUCCAUCGAUCUGCCCAUCCUCGGCCUGCUCUUCGCCACCAUGGUCGUCGGCGGCUACCUCAAGGGCGCCGGCAUGUUCAAGCACCUGGGCGCGCUGCUGGCGUGGCGGAGCCAGGGGGGCCGCGACCUGCUCUGCCGCGUCUGCGUCGUCACCGCGCUCGCCAGUGCGCUCUUCACCAACGACACCUGCUGCGUCGUGCUCACCGAGUUCGUGCUCGAGCUAGCGGCCGAGCGCAAGCUCCCCGCCAAGCCGUUCCUGCUCGCGCUCGCCACCAGCGCCAACAUCGGGUCCAGCGCCACGCCCAUCGGCAACCCGCAGAACCUGGUCAUCGCCUUCAACAGCAAGAUCACCUUCCUCCAGUUCUUCUUUGGCAUCCUGCCGGCCAUGCUCGCCGGCAUGGGCGUCAACAUGGUUAUGCUGCUCUGCAUGUACUGGAAGGACCUGGAGGGCGCCAGCCCCGACGUGGUGGCCGCCGGGAAGGAGAUGGAGGCCAUCGAGGAGGGACGGUCGCCGUUGUCAGUACUAUCUCUCAAAAGCCCCGCCGCCGGCAACGGAAACUACGGCCACAGCCACGACGCCGACUCGGUGAUGUCGGAGAACAAAUCGACCAAGCACCGGUGGUUCAUGCAGUGCUCCGAGCACAGGCGGAAGCUGUUCCUCAAGAGCUUCGCGUACGUCGUCACCGUCGGUAUGCUCAUCGCCUACAUGCUCGGGCUCAACAUGUCGUGGACCGCCAUCACCACCGCCAUCGCGCUCGUUGUCGUCGACUUCCGCGACGCCGAGCCGUGCCUCGACAAGGUGUCCUACUCGCUGCUGGUCUUUUUCUCGGGGAUGUUCGUGACGGUGAGUGGGUUCAACAAGACGGGGCUCCCGGGGGCCAUCUGGAAGUUCAUGGCGCCAUACUCAAAGAUCGACCACGUCAGCGGCGUCACCGUCCUCUCUGUCAUCGUCCUGCUCCUCUCCAACCUCGCGUCCAACGUGCCGACCGUGCUGCUGAUGGGGGACGAGGUGGCUGCGUCGGCGGCGACGAUCUCGGCGUCGGCGGUGACGCGGUCGUGGCUGCUGCUGGCGUGGGUGAGCACGGUGGCGGGCAACCUGUCGCUGCUGGGGUCGGCGGCGAACCUCAUCGUGUGCGAGCAGGCGCGCCGCGCGCCGCGAAACGCCCACGACCUCAGCUUCUGGAGCCACGUCGUGUUCGGCGCCCCCUCCACGCUCGUCGUCACCGCCAUCGGCAUACCACUCAUCGGCAAGGUCAGCAUCUAGCUUCGACCGGCAGCUGAUCAACCAUGGAGGCGCGGCCACAACGUCGGGCUGAUCGAGCAGGCAAUCAAGCCAUGCAAGCUCAUGCGUGUAUUCAUGCAUUCAUGCCUCAAGUGUACGAUUGAUUAGUGCAUGUUUCCCAAGUCAAUUAUAUUUGCCGUAUAUAUAGCUUUGCUCAGCUCGGGGACAAGUGUUGUAAGUCAUGACUAGAGCAGCGUGGCCAGAUGUUAAGAAAGAUGCAAUGUGCCAAUUAAGCAGCGCAUGCAAGAUCAUCUGGCCUUGUCUGCAGCUUCGGAUCAGUAGAAUCCAGUUAAGGAUAUGUAGUGAUCACUAGUGAGUGACCAAGUAUGAAUUAUAGUAUCUCAUAGUUAUUUCAA